GGCGCCGUGUGGUUCGCGGCCUGAACCGUAGCGCUUCUCGGUGAUGGGCAGCUGCCGCAGCCAAUAGCUGGGCUCGUCGCUCUCUCGCCCCGCCUUCCCCCGCGUCCGUUGUCGGCCGCCUCCGCCGCACGCCAGCCUUUGGGAGAGUGCGUGGUUCCUUCUUCCACGAGAGUUUGUUGGCUUCGCCCAGCCUGUGCCGCUCCGCUCUCCCAGGCCCUCUGUGCUUCCUGUGCGUCUCCCGAGCCAGCCAGACUGGACGUUAACCCCCCGCGCUCACCCUCCGUAGCCCCUCUCCAGGGAACCCCCGUGGGCCAAAUCACCUUUUAAGGGAAUGGCGGGCUAGGGGCCCCUGCCUUUAGGAUCCCUUGGAAGGACGAGUGUUUGUGGAGUUUGUCCCGAUGGGGAUGGUCCAAGAAGAACUGGGAACUUGUGCGGACAGUGUCGUUUUAGAGCUGAUGGAGCAUGAGCCAUUUGCAGAACUUACUGUUAGAUACACUCCUGGGAACAAAGCAUGUGGACAGUGCAGCCCUCAUCAAACUCCAGGAGCGGAGCCUAUGUGUAGCGUCACCAGGCUUUAGUGUAAUGCCCAGUGAUGUCCGAACACUUGUGAAUGGAUUCGCCAAGAACCCUUUGAAAACCAGAAGAGAAGGACUGUAUUUCAAGGAGAAGGACUACAAAUGUGUUCGGGCAGAUGACUAUUCUCUUUAUGCUAAGAACGAAAACACUGGUGUGGUUGUUGUGAAAACUCAUCUGUAUCUUCUGGUGACAACUUACACAGAUGGCAUGUAUCCUAGUGUCUGUGUGGAAGCCACAGAGAAAUUGGGAGAAUAUCUAAGACAAAAAGGAAAUUAAGUCAUCAGAGGACUAUGAAAGACAGCUUUUAUGAUUUUAGAAGAAAACUAUAGAUCCUAAGGAAAAAGUAAUACCUUAUUUUGUGGUUGAAAAACACUAGGCAGAAGCUACUGAAAGGAAGAAUGAGUUAAGGAAGCAAUUUUUCUUAUUUCAAAAGAUCCCCUUCUUUAAUUGAAAUUACUUAAUCCACUUUGUUCUUUUUUUCUUCUUUUUUUUUUAGUGUUGGUCGUUGGCAUGAAUGUGAGGGCACUGAUAGUGUCACAGGGCAUAUCUGUUGGGUGACUCCUCCAUAAGUCUCUUAUUUUCCCACACAUCUUGCUGGGUAUGCCAAGAAUGCAGGCCAUUUCAGGGUUAUGUUGCAGGAAGCAACCUUGAAAAAUGAAAUGAUAUCUCUCUUCAGAACCAAGAGUAAGCUUGAUUACUGCUUGCUAUGAAAGAGGUAGAUUCCUUGAACUGGUGUUCCUGUCCUAGAGUGCAGCUCACUGCAUGUGUGGCAUCCAUCUGGUCCACGUCACCCUUGUGGGACCUGGGGAGAAGGGGAACCAAUGUAAAGACCACUCAACAACAGGCGACUCGUCAAAGUAUUUGGUGGACGUGCCACACUCCCCACCAUCUGCAGGCAUCUGAUUUUGUUGAGCGUUGGAAAGAUCUUCCCAAAAAUCAACUCAAAAAGAUUGAUUGAUUGAUUGAUUGAUUGAUUGAUUGGCUGCGUUGGGUGCACAGGCUUUCUCUAGUUGUGGCGAGUGGGGGCUACUCUUCGUUUCGGUGUGUGGGCUUCUCAUUGUGGUGGCUUCUCGUUGCGGAGCAGCAGCUCUAGGCACACGGGCUUCAGUAGUUGUGGCUCACGGGCUCUAGAGCACAGGCUCAAUAGUUGUGGCACACAGGCUUAGUUGCUCUGUGGCAUGUGGGAUCUUCCCAGACCAGGGCUCAAACCUGUGUCCCCUGCACUGGCAGGUAGAUUCUUAACCACUGUGCCACCAGGGAAGCCCCUCAAAAAGAUUUUUGACUCCACGUCCCUCACUUCCUCUUACUCCACACAACUUAGUGUGAUCAAUGAAUACAGCCUUCCCCAGAAAGGGUUCAUCUCCCCUUGGUCACCUCCUGGGUGAUGAUCAGAACAAGGAGGGUGGAGAGAUGUAUAACCUAUUCUGAAAAUUCUGUAUUCUACCCUGAUCAUUCCUUGCCAUGAUGCAUCUUUCUUUCCCCAAAUAGCAACCCCAGGCCAGCCUGGUUGUACACCCUCCAAGUGUCCCUCGGGAAGGAAUACCAUAGACCACUGGCGUUUCUUGACGUUAUCAUGCCGUUUUCUGAAUUCCAAAAGCAUACUAUCUGAGGCAAAGUGUCUUUUCUUAGUGUUUAUAAAAUCUCCCAUUUUCAGGUUUUGUAUAACAGCCUUUCAAGGAGCUUACCUGCAAUACCAUUCCUUUUCUGAGCUUGUGUGCCAAGAACUACAGAUUUGUUCUUGGUGGUCAGGCUGACCACUAAUCCAUUCAUUCAUUUAUCUGUUUAGCCGCUUGAUUCUUUUUUGAGUUAGAGGUAAAAAUACAUUUAAAAUUUACUUAUUUAGCAUUCAUUGAGAAGCCUACUGUGUGCUAGAUACUGUUGAUAAAAAAAGUAAAUAAUAUACAUAACCCACUGCAGAUAGAACUACAAUCUAGUGAAGAAAAUUUAUAAAUGAGUCGCAUUACAUGUGAUAAAUGCUGUAACAGAUAUAAAAAAAAAAAACUAUAAAGCACAAAGUCUGAAGCAAUCAACUGUGUAUUCAGGAGCCUGAAAAUGCACCUGAAGUGAAUCUGAAAGAAUAAGUAAGUU